AGUCAGCAGCAGGAAGCAGCGCUGCACGGGACCUCCGCUAAAGUCCCUCUCCACUGGGCCGAGAGACGCGAAGAGAAAGCAAAGAGCGAAAAGGGGAAGAAAGACUCGUCAGAUGAUGAUGACAUGUGAUCAAGGUGCGAGGUGAUCUCUCUUUUUCUCCGUGACAGCUCCAACUGUGGAUCUCCGAGCGCACCGGGAGUGACUUUUACGCACCUUCCCACACUGGCUCAGUCCGCGUCCUGGCGUCCGUUGUAAUUUCAAUUCAUGGUUCAAGUCAUUGGCAUUGUGGAUCCUACUCUUCUGAUGUGAUUUGCCAUCAGAUUGAGCGCCCACUUCCACCCCAGGACUAGAAUUAAAGGAAUACAGAGUUUAUUGCCUGAUUUCCAGCGAAGCGCACGCAGCAGCAGCAGCGGCGGCGAAGAACGCACCCACGUUUCUCCACUUGAGUCAGGGUGAGAGAUCAGGAGUGCACGGUGAAGCGGGGAGAGACUGUGAGAACAGAGGUUUAGAGGCACCAGAUCUUCCGAGGUUUGUUAAUGUUCGGGAUCCAGGAGAGCAUCCAGAGAAGCGGCAGCAGCCUGAAGGAGGAGCCGCUGGGAGGCAUGAACGCGGUCCGGGGCUGGAUGCAGGGGGGCGGCGUGCUGGACGCCAACACGGCCGCCCAAAGUGGAGUGGGUCUGGCCCGGGCUCACUUCGAGAAGCAGCCGCCCUCCAACCUGCGGAAGUCCAACUUCUUCCACUUCGUCCUGGCUCUGUACGACCGCCAGGGUCAGCCGGUGGAGAUCGAGAGGACCAACUUCGUGGACUUCAUCGAGAAGGAGAAGGAGACGACCGGAGAGAAGACCAAUAACGGGAUUCACUAUCGGCUGCAGCUUCUUUACAGUAACGGCAUCAGAACGGAACAGGACUUUUAUGUUCGACUCAUUGACUCCAUGACUAAACAGGCGAUUAUUUAUGAAGGACAAGACAAAAACCCAGAGAUGUGCAGAGUGCUGCUGACACAUGAGAUCAUGUGCAGUCGGUGCUGUGACAAGAAGAGCUGUGGAAACCGUAAUGAGACACCCUCAGACCCCGUUAUCAUCGACAGAUUCUUCCUCAAGUUUUUCCUGAAGUGCAACCAGAACUGUUUGAAGAAUGCGGGAAACCCACGGGACAUGAGGAGGUUCCAGGUGGUGGUAUCGACCACGGUGAGCGUGGAGGGACAUGUCCUGUCCGUGUCCGACAACAUGUUUGUGCACAACAACUCCAAACAUGGCCGACGGGCCCGCAGACUCGACCCCGUGGAAGGAACGCAGUCUUACCUAGACCACGGAGCAGCUCCUUGCAUUAAAGCUAUCAGUCCCAGUGAGGGCUGGACCACGGGGGGCGCUACAGUCAUCAUCAUUGGAGACAACUUCUUCGAUGGUCUCCAAGUCAUUUUCGGUACCAUGCUGGUUUGGAGCGAGUUGAUCACGCCGCACGCCAUCCGGGUGCAGACGCCUCCCAGACACAUUCCCGGGGUCGUCGAGGUCACUCUGUCUUACAAAUCUAAACAGUUCUGCAAGGGCACACCAGGAAGGUUCAUUUAUACAGCGCUGAAUGAACCAACCAUCGACUACGGUUUCCAGAGGCUUCAGAAAGUCAUCCCGCGACACCCCGGGGACCCAGAGAGGCUGCCGAAGGAGGUUAUUCUGAAGAGAGCAGCCGACCUGGUGGAAGCCCUCUAUGGUUUGCCCCAUAACAACCAGGAGAUCAUCCUGAAGCGUGCGGCGGACAUCGCUGAGGCUCUCUACAGCGUUCCCCGAGGACACUCCCAGCUCUCCGGCUCCAACCACGGCGGCAUGAUGGGGGUCAACUCGUUUGGAGGGCAGCUGUCCGUCAACGUCUCCGAACCGCAACAGGCCAAUCAGGGCUUCGUGCGCAGCAGCAGUAGUGUGUCCCCUCACGGUUAUGUGCCUAGCCCCACGCCCCAGCAGAACAGUUACACCUCAGUCACCAGCACCAUGAACGGCUACGCUAACAACACAGGCAUGACAAACCUGGGAGGCUCGCCCACUUUCCUCAACGGCUCUGCAGCCAACUCGCCUUAUGCUAUUGUCCCAUCCAGUCCCACCAUGGCCUCCUCCACCGGCCUCCCCUCCAACUGCUCCUCCUCCUCUGGCGUCUUCUCCUUCUCUCCGGCCAACAUGGUGUCGGCGGCCGUUAAGCAGAAGUCGGCCUUUGCUCCGGUGGUCAGGCCCUCCUCCUCCCCCCCGCCCUCGUGUACCAGCGCCAACGGCCUCCAAGAUCAGACAUUUGUGGACUCUAGCAAGUACUCAACAGCCAGCUCUCUACAAGGCCUGGCCUUCACCUGAACAAUCCCUGGAAUGAUUGUCCCACCCAUGUAAAAGAUGUGAGUGCAUGACUGAGUGUGUGCGUGAAUGUGUGUGUGCGUGUGUGUGUGUAUGUGUGUGUGUGUGUGAGAUGAACCAAGCACACUCGCACCGAUCCUGGCGGAGGUUUUCGGUGGGAGUCGGACUCCGGUCGGGGGAUGGACGCAGCCCUCCCUAUCUGAAGGAACAAACCCAACUCAGGCCCUUUCUAACACGGAAAAAAAACAAACAACUGCAAGGAAACAAAUGUUUGCGAGGAAAUAAGUUGUUUAGACUUUGUACACCUUGAUGCUUUUAAAGGAGAAUGGCCACGCCUACAUCAUGACUCUCCAUGGACACUGGAAGUGUAUUUAUUUAGGAGAGAAUCCACUUCCUCCCUUGAGUGAUUGUCGAUUUGUUUUACUUUUUGUGCAGUUAACGUGUGAUAAUCAUCUUCUAUCUGUAUAACCUACAUGAGGGAUUUUCUAUUUAUGAAGUUUGGUCGUUAAUGAAGGAUUAUAAUGUGAAGAAUACCUAAUGAUGAUGGUGUUGAUGAUGAGUAAACAAACCAUGAUGAUGAUGAUGAUGAUGAUGAUGAUGAUGAUGAUGAUGAUGAUGAUGAAGAGGCUGCAGGGAUUCAUACAGGGUGGAAUCCAGCCGACGCAGACAAGCCAAACCAGACACGCACCCACUUUCUGUCCUCUUUGCCAAAUCCACUCACAUUCUUUCAUCUACAUUCAAUCAUUCAGCCUGAUGGAUUCAGAUGCUUCCUGUCUGCGACUGAUGCUGAUGAUGCUCCUGUGUGCUCAUUUGUAAAAAAGUGCAAGUCUGCCUUUCAGCGAAAGAGAAUUCAGUCACUCAUCGAACCAAGAAGAAUUUUGUUUUGAACCCUGCUCGAUUCAGGAGAGAGAGAUAGAGAGAGAGUAGAAUGGCACUCAGUGGAGCACAUUCCUCCACCAAAUGAAAACCACACUUAAAUUCACUGGAUACUGAUUGUAUUUGGAUCCGCACCAAACUGCACACACAUAAAUAGCAGUACCCUAAACAUGCCAGAUUUUUCGCUCACGCCUGGUCCUGGUAGUAAUCCAUCCAGAAGUUUUUGCAUAAUCUUGCUCACAACACAACAACCAACAAAUGGACCUGCAGGGGUGAAAACAUAACCUCCUUGGUGAUAGAGUUAGUUGGAAAAAGGCCAUGAAUGAAUUACGCUCCAACCUAACAGAGAGGUGUGUGAUGACUUGAGGCCAACAGCAGCCUCACUGUCGAGGAUUUGAACCAACAACUCUGCCAAUGAGUCUGUCCAUCGCUCCUGUGACCAUUUGAUUUGUUUUUAAGUUGGACGCAGCCACGGUGACCUCCAAGGGACAUGUCUUAAAGACUGCUGCCAUUUAGACUUAAGUUUUGCUGUGAGAGUUGAUUUUGUAUCAUGUUUUGUCUUAACUCCCUCUUUUGGUUUGCUGUGACUUAUCUUUUUUUAGUUUUUUUGUUGUUGUGUGAUUAGACAGCCAAUCAGAUUUGAUUGUGUUACCUGCCCACUGAUCUAGUGAGAACUAGACAAUGGUGUGUCUUAAAUUCUGCACUGCAAGAAUUGUCAAGUCUUCAAACCUUCUAUUGAGUCAAAAAAAAUAACUUUCUUUAACUGAGGUACAGUGGCUUCAAAUCUGCCCCACUUACCUUUGUAUUUAAAGGAGACAUAGUUUGCCUUUUUUAGUUUUACUAUCCUCUAGUGGGUUACAUAUAUAUGUUUUGCCUAUGUAAAAGGUAAUAAAGUUUUAAAACCAAAAGUCCACCAUAGUCUGCUCCCUCAGCAGUAAACGAGACUGAAACACCUCGUCAAUGGUCAGAAUAAUCUACACAGUGGAAGUCAUUGGUCAAUUCCGACAGAUUGGGCCAACUGUUACCACCCGGCUAAAGGGAAGCAACAUAGAGUAGUCAAACAACAACUAACUUUGGAAAAAUCUAUUUUAAAGUUAAGAACAAGAAAGGAUUGGUGGCUGAUAGCAAUGCAGCUGAUCCUGGCUGCACAGAGAGAGAGGGAGAGCCGGAAGCUUCUCAGGCUUUUUAAAGGCCAGUCAGCAGGUGCCGGUUGGCGGGAAAUCAUGACACAGAACAAGUUUUGGGACAUAACACCAACUGACCAAUCAAUGGCAGAGUGAGCUUUAUUGGGAGGGGUUCUUAAAGACACAGGAGCUAAAACCAAGUUUCCGAGACAGAGGCUGAACAGAGGAGCUGUAGCAACGGACAGUCCGAGGAAAGUAAUUCAUUUUCUAAAUGGUGUUAGUAAAUAAUUACAAUUAUCAACCUCAAUAAAAGCAUACUAUGUCUCCUUUAAACCAUAAUUACAUCCUAUUUAUGCACAUAUUAAGAAGGAAAGACUCCAUCCACAUGGGACAAUUUUUGCAGCGCAGGACCGAGCAACAUGUCUUAAAUUAGCAGUGUGUGGAAAGUCCCUGAUGGUUUGCUGUGAACGUCACUGCUCCCUCAGGCCUGCAGUCUGAGCUUGCACCUCACUGUGUGUGAUUCUAUAGUCUUAACGCUUUUAGUUUGUGUUCUCUUAAUUUUGCCAAAGCCCUUAUUUGAGAUGUUGAUGCUCAAACAGUCUUAUGCCACAGUGUCCCUGCUGUUCUACACGUGUUUUCUUGUCACAAGCAGUAUAAGCCAAUAAUGUUAUUUUAUGUAUAAACUGUCUGUUUAAUAGGAGCGUCAGAUUUCAGAUAUGCUACAACUAGAAACUGUUUAAAAGUUAAUUUUACUGGACAGAAAACCUAACUAGACCCAAACAAAAAUUUCAGAUUUAAGCUAAAUGAGGGAACAAUACCCUCUCAGCCAGAAGUCAGUAGCCUCAGAGAGACUACGGGCAGUAUUCAAGAACUUGGUUGAAAGAACAGGAACAUUAUCAAAUAUGAAAAAUCCCAGAAAUCAACUAAAACCCCUAAACUCACGCCCUUCAUUAUGUUCUCAUGUUCUGAUUUGCUUAUGUCUCUCAUUUCAGAGGACCUGAAUGUUAUUUGAUUUUAUAUCAUAUCGUCUGUUUAUUAUAAGCCAAACUUCCACUGCUCAUUUCAAUCAAACUAAAAGAAGCCAUGGUGUAUUUUUUUUUUUUUAAAUCAUUUAUGGAAGUUUCAUCUUGUACCAUCAAUGUUAAAGUCUGCAUAUUUCUGUUGCAUUAUCUCGACGUAGCAUUUACAUAUUUGUCAAUAUGAUUGUCUGUGUUUGUCUUACAUGCAAUGAUGAAGAAAGAAAGAGAUGGAUGGAACAAAUGUCUCUCUCUCUCGCUCUCUCCUUUCUCCUGCUCCAGUCAGGUUUUCUGUCCUCUCUCUGCUCCCUUCCUCUCCUUCAUUUCCCUCCCCCACCUUGUUUUGAUUGUACUAUUAAUACUCUGUAUGUUUGCCUUCUGCUUUUUCUUUUCCUUCACUUUUCCUUUAAAAAAAAAAUGAGCCACCUAUUUAUUUGAUCUCAAACAUGGGUCUGGAGACCACUCUUCUGUUGGUGAGCAUGUGUGUGUGACUGAGUGUCAUCAUUUUUCCUUAAAAAGAAGAAUGUGAUGUUUUAAUUAAAGUUGAAGGAUGUUUUUUUUUAAUUGUUUUUUUGUGUUUGUAUAUUACAUAGUUUAAAUACCUGUACAGGAAGAAGUGACUCAAGGGUUUGGCUUAAUGAAGUAUGAUGAAGCACUUGUCAAACAACAGUGAACACAUUCAUCACGGCUUGUCUGGAUUCAGUGGCGGUCAUCAUUCACACACACGUUAUCAGCAGUACCGGUGUGGAAGUACAGAGGAAACUACUGUAAAGAUGAUAAUGUUGAUUUUUUUUUAUUAUUAUUAUUUUGAACUUUGAAGUGUAAAAGUAACUUUUUGACUCGUCACUAUAUUUAAUUAAAGUUCUUUCUUCUCUGUGAA